AUGACAUCCCUCCAGCGGCAGCUGGCCACCAUCGCCGCGAGCAGCACCCACCAGCUCGACCUCAAGGCGCAAAAGGCGGCGCAUGGCAAAUCGCUGCUGUUUGAGCCUCGAGUAGCUGCGUCGCAGGACUUCAACACCAUCUACCAGAUAUGCUGCGAAGGCUUCCAGGAGCUAUGCAUGCUCGACACGAGAUUCGCCGCCUUCUCGCAGAAUCUGUUCAGCGAGCAGAGUAAGAGCGAGGAGAGGACGCAGAUGACAGCCGAGGAGAACAAAGAGCUCGACGCUGUGCUGGAGAGCUUCUUGGGACUCGUGGGGCCUAGGCUGCUGCUCAAGCCUGCGAUUAAGGCUGUGGAAUGGCUCGUGAGGCGCUUCCGCGUACACGAAUACAACACAGACUUCGUCAUUCUGACCUUCCUCCCUUAUCACGCUACGCCCUUGUUCACGACCCUCCUCUCCAUCCUACCGCGGAAAGUCUCGCCUACGUUCCGGUUCCUGCAUCCUUACAUGACUUCGCUCGCAACCCCUCCGCGGCAGACCAUCAUAUACACGGCUACUAACACGAAAGAGUUCUUCACGGCCUUUAACACAUACGUCCUGAAAGUCGCCAAGGCCGGUCACUACUCCCCAACACUGCUCUCCUUUUGGGCGAGCAUAACCACUCAAGCCGUUGACGGACAACUCGAAGCCGCGCGCUCGGGUCGAGGCAACAUACAACGGCACAGAGAGGAGGAUUUACUUCUGCGGGUUUUGCCAAUACUCAAUGAAGCAUUGGCGCUGAAGAAGAUUCCGGAGCUGGUGACUGGUAGCUGUAUGAUCAUGACGAUUCUGGCUACCAAGGCGCACCUCGAAGACAAAGUCCUGAACGGUCUUAUGGAGGCUCUUGUCGCAAGCUGGACUCAAACAACGCUGGACAGCUGUUUGGUGACUCUGUCUGUGCUUGCGCAAGAGAGGCAAGCUGCUAAGCUACCGAAGUCUGUCGUAAGGGCUCUACUUAAGACCGACGACUGUGGAACCAGGCUCGUUUUAAUGGCGUCGAGAUUUCCAGUCGGUAGACUUGCUUUUGGACUUCUCCUGGGAAUCAUCGACAAGCUCACAACUUCGAAUCAAACAGACAACUUGGAGUUGGUGGCAACUGUAUUAGAAGCUGGUCUUCUCAGUCCUCAGCAGACUUCCAUAGUUAUCAAGAGUCUCUUGUUGGCGAUCGAACAGAUGGACGAGAGCGCAGUAGCCACACCUCAGCUGCGGGAUUCGUUGGCCAGCCUCCUUGUUCGGUUAAGCAGCGCAUCCAGCACCCGUCAACUCAUUCACGGCGUCAUCGAGGAGCAAAAGAUGGAUCUCGAUGCGAUCGAGAUGAGACUGAAGACAGUGAUAAGAGCCCCCCAAGAGCUACCGGACACGUACAACGAUGACGUGGAAAUGGCUGAAGCCACAAGCGCUGAAUCCAUCGCCCCGUUCGAGCAUUCGAUCUCCUCACUUACGGGUCAACAAGCGAACGAGGCUUCGUUCCUUCAGCCUACCGAUAUUGCUCUCUUUCAGAGCCUAUCUCAGGCAUUCCUGAAUGCAGUUGAUUCGGAUGAGCACCUGGAAAAGUUUGUUUCAUUGCCGGUUCUAUCGAAAGACAAAGCCCUUAAUCGACCUACCUUUCUUAGCUUCUUCAUUCGCAUGUGGUGCGGGCCGUAUCCCGCCCUCGCCCGGAGCGCAGCGUUACAGGUAGUAACAGCUUGGCUUUCUGCUCAUCCCUCAGAGCAAGUGGACCUGCAGGCACUUGUACCCUACUUGAUCAGCGCCUUAGCAGACUCUUCGGCGAGCGUUAGGCGCGCCGCAGCGGAAUGCACACUGGCCUUGGCGCGCUCCUAUAGAGACGGCGGCAAGGAGGGGAAGAAGCUAUCGAGUAGGACUGUCUGGGGCUCGAAAGCCCUAUAUGGAAAGUCGACUGAGUCCACUUUCUGGCUUGAUCCCGAGCAAGCAGCCAAGUUCCUUUCGAAAGUGCUAGUCCCCAGUUUGGAAGAGUGUGUCCUGGAUGCCGAGCAUAUAAGCCAAAUCGUUGGCACAGCACUCAGCGGAAAGACGCGACCCGGCGAGCAUGUGUCGGCAAUUGAGCUUAAGACUUCGCUCAGGUCGGCAGUGUGCACCUUUCUAAGCAGUCACUUCGCACACACUCCUUUGCUCACUGUACGCUUGCGCCUCAUUCCCGUUCUUGGCCGCAUGGGCAAGACAGGGACAAAACCGCGUGUAGACUUGCUGCUCCCGGCCUUGCGGCAUUGGCUUACACUACCCAAUGACGAAAUUACAGCGCUCUGUCAAGCCGAGAACCUGGAGCCAUCACAGGUUGACCGCGAGUUUCUACAGCUCAUCAACGCCCGCGAGCAUGAGUGGCUCCGGCUUCUGCAGUCCAUCAUGAGCGGUGAGCUGGCUGCAGGACGGCGGUGGAUACAUGAAGUCGCAUUCGAGCGUACUAAAACAUUAUGGUCGUCGUUGAACUCUGGAUUGAAGCAAGAGCUCGGCCAGUUUCUGCUUGACCUGUCACUUACUGGCACCAGCGAUGCCACCACAGGUGACCGGUCACAAGAAGCCAUGGAUAUCUUGCGGUCGGUUGAUCUUACCACGGAUGUCCUCUCAGCUUUUCUCGAUGGCCUGCCCAGCGCUACCAACAUGGUAGACCAACCGCCUGCUGCCAAGCGGCGCAGGACAAGCAAGGCAGACGCGGCCCGACCCAUUGUCCAUGAUACGAACGCCAUCAACGAUGCUCUCAAAAGAAUUACAUUGGUGCUCGAGCUGGUCGAAAGCUCCUCGCCAGAGAAGCACUCACAACUUCUCCGUGGUCUUUUCCAUAUUCUCUCUGAACUCCAGCACUACAAGGCCCAAACCAGCUCCAGUCUGGUCUACUUGCAAAGCCUCGCCAUCAGCUGUUUACUCUCCAUCGUCGACAAACUCAAGCACGACCGUGCUGCGCAAGUCGAUCGCUCAGUCAUCCGUGCCGAUCUUCUGGUCGAGUGCGUGAGGUCGACAUCGAAUCCACAAGUGCAGAACUCGGCUAUCCUCCUCAUCUCGAGCCUUGCCACUUGGGUACCCGACCUCGUGCUGCACAGCGUGAUGCCGAUCUUCACCUUCAUGGGCACGACUCUGCUGCGACAAAGUGACGACUAUUCGGCGCACGUGAUUGACCAGACCAUCUCUAGGGUGGUUCCUCCGCUUGUGGCAUCCCUCAGAAAGCGGAAUCAGGACUUGGUGUCCGGUGCCGCAGAGAUUCUGCUGAGCUUCACUGCAGCCUACGAACAUAUUCCGCUACAUCGAAGGCUGCCAUUGUUUGUUCAGCUUACCAAGACCCUCGGGCCAGACGAGGCCUUGUUCGCAGUUAUAGCCAUGCUCGUGGACCGGUACUCUACUGACAACGGCGUGAAAAGCUUCGUCACGGAGCUCAUGCGGUCGGUCGAGCCGUUGACCCAGCUGAGGACCACACGGAGAUAUCUUGAUUUGAUUGAAGACAGUCUCCGGCCCAAGCGCACCAUGUCUGAGGUUAUCCUCAGCUUCAACGAGAAGGAUGCGAGCCAGACUGGAAGUGCCAUUGUUCACAUCACAAGAACUCUAGCUACCCUUGUCAAGGAUCCACAGCUUCGAAGCAGGCUCAGCAGAACUCUUUCAAGGGAUGAUGCGGACGCCGCAGCCGUGCACCAGCUGUUCGCUGAGCUGCUUGAGAAGGCCAUCCGGCUUCUGCAGAAGACUUCUCUACGUAGCGAGCUUAGGGAUGCCUGCACCCAGGUGCUAUCGAACCUGCUCGGACUGCUUCCAGUCGUGGACCUCAUCAAGUCUGCUGAGACGCUGCUCAGCAAACCUGACGAUGAGGUCCGACGAGUAGUGCUUGCAUCCUUGUAUGCUCCGAUCCAACGGCUAGGGCAGGCAGACGAAAGAGCAAGAGAAGCAGUAUUGCGGUUCUUACCGCGAGUCACCGACAUCAUAACAACAUCGGCAGACAUCAGCUUGAAGCGUACAGCAAUCCUCUGUAUCGACCGAAUUGCAGAGAAGUUCGGCAAGAAAGACACCCCGCGAAUCGCUUCAACGGCCGAGGUCGUCGUCGGUGAGCACGCGCUCGGUAGUCACGACGAUGGACUACGCCGUGGUUCACUGCUCUGCCUCGCCACAGCCGUCGAGGUCAUGCACCCAGACGAGUUCAUCCCGCUCAUGCCACUGGCGCUGCCCAAGGCUUUUGCAUACCUCGAAGAAAGCAUCAACGGUGGCGAGGAGAAAGAGCCUCUGCACAAUGCUGUCUACGCUUUCAUUUGCGCGAUAGUCGAACAUGUCCCAUUCAUGUUCUCUGGAACGCACUUGGACAAGACGUUGCAGCUUUCAUACAGAUCGGCUGUUGCGGACCUGAGUGAGGAGGCGGACGAGAGCCGACAACAGUUCUACAGGCUUGCGGUGAGACAGAUAGAUGCGAGGGAAUCCUUCGCGGCGAUUGAGCGCAACUGGGACGGUGCUGUGCGGGCGGGCUUUACGGCUCUGAAGGAGCAGAUCGAGAUGCUCAGCACGGCUCUCGCACGGCAUCCGAAAUCCGCCAUUAUCGGCAACUCGCAGACACUCUUCAGUCUGUUUCUGAAGGCCUUCGACCUGCGCCGCACCCGAGAGGUCGAUGGUUUCAUGGAAAAAUACGACGACGAUGUUCUGGCGGCGGCCGAGCACUUGAUCAACGAAUCCGCCAUCGCGAUGACCAUGAAGCUCAACGACGCUGUAUUCCGGCCGUUCUUCAUAAGACUGGUCGACUGGGCUUCGAAGUCUUUGCCAAAGAAGGACGUCACAGGCAGACACCUGCGCGCGACGAGCUUGUUCGUGUUCCUCGGUGCCCUCUUCGACAAGCUCAAGUCAAUCGUGACAAGUUACUCAAUCUACAUCCUCGACGUCGCCGCCGAGAUCCUGCAGAACAACACGCCCGCCUCGGAGGAAACCCUCCUCAUCUCCGUCCUAACUGCCCUCACCAAAUCCUUCGAACACGACCAAGACGACUUCUGGCAAUCCCCCCACCAUUUCUCUGCUGUCUGCGCCCCGCUCCUAGCCCAACUCGCCCACGCCCCCGAAAACCCCAGCUACACAAUUACCCACGUCAUCCCCACACUCACCGCCUUCGCCACAGCCGCGAGUUCAGCAGAACACCACAAGACGCUCAACGCCGGCCUGCUCAAACUUCUCCGCCACGAGGAAGCGGGCGUGAGACUAGCGGCGGUUGAGGCGCAGAGAGCGCUCACGGAGAGGCUUGGGGAGGAUUGGUUGGUGUUGCUGCAGGAGAUGCUGCCGUUCAUCAGUGAGGUCAUGGAGGAUGAUGAUGAGGGCGUGGAGAGGGAGACGUUGAGGUGGAUUAAGGGGAUUGAGGAGAUUCUGGGGGAGAGUUUGGAGGGGAUGUUGUUGUAG